GAUUUUAGUGGUGRAUAAGACAAUUCUUCUACUAUUAUGAGUAACACUAAUAGCCUGAACGCCAUCAAGUGAACAUGUCGCUCAAAAUCGRUGUGAUWGUACUGCUCGGGUAUCUUGUCCUUGUGACGGCAAGUGUCCGUYUUGCUGYAGGGCAAGACGAUGCCGAGAAUCCUAAUGAAAAGCGUGGGGUCGGCACUUGCAUUAAACUUCCUCAGGGCCCACCCGGUCCUCCUGGUCCCCGUGGUCCCCCUGGCCCUCCCGGAAGUCCUGCUCCAAAACCAGGAUAUCAUUGCGUAUCGAGAAGSACUAGCGGUAARAGAUCACAGUGCCCMAAAGGAUAUUUUGCCACGGGUUGUGCGUGCGGURAUAGAUGCGGUUCGUGGAACCUCGAGAACCACGGUACACGAUGCUAUUGCCACAUUGGCUGUAUGAAUGGUAACAGACCUCUGGACUGGACUCUUGCAGUCUGCUGCAAAGUCGCAUGAAAUAGAAAUCGGGUCCAUAUUGUUUAAAUGCCCACGAAAACAAGAUGUAGUUAACUUGCAAUCAUGUCAACUAUUUAGAUUUUUAGGUAAAAAAGUAAAAAGUGUGUAGUUUUCAUUGGCUAACUCUAUUAAAAUGUAAUUGUGCAUUCC